AUGAGCAGUGGCGAGACUCGUGAGUCCAAACACCAUAUCGCUGUUCUGGAGGAAGAGAGCGUCGAGACCUUUGUGGCCUUCUGCGAGUAUGCGUACACUGGGGACUACCGUAUACCUCCCCCGGGAUCUCGCGAGGAGGAGCAGGAGCAAUGGCCGGUCAACAAUCCCUUCAAGGGCGUGUUCUCCGAAGAGCCCGUUUCGCCCUCUAUUUCGCCAUACGUUCCAUCAACUCAGAGACACAAUGAAGCACCCCAAGGUCAGGGAUAUGAUGGGCCGGGUGGCUAUGAGAAAGUGCCUCACGCGGCACAUCCCAUUGACAGUUAUGGUGAAAGUGCAACGUCCCCUGAAGACGACUCGUUAGCACCUCCGAAUCCAGACCAAGCAGCCUCCCCCGAAGAGGAGGCAGAGCAACAGCCUACCCCCCCGGCUGCAGAGGAAGGGGAUCCGUGGGACUCCAAUGCAGGCGCAUCCGCGGCCAAAGGCAAAAAGGGUAGAAAAAACAAAAAGGACAAGAAAAAGCAGAAGGUCUCCUCACCUGAGGAGGCAACCACAUGCCUGACCACCCCGCCGAAUACCCCUCCUCCCGAGCAUCUAGGUAUGCGACAGGACCAUCCUGCAGCUGAGGCGACUGAAGAGCAAGAUGAGUGGGAUCUGGAGCCCGCGGAUCCCGCCAACAAUGCUCCGUCCGGAAUGGCUGAGAGUUGGGAGUAUACUGCCCCGACUCCACCGGAAGAGGAGCAGAACAAGACAGAUGAGAAAGAGGAGACGACCCAGGAAUACGAACAGGGGGCCGAUACGGGGCUCAUGAUCGACAACUCCUUCGCCAAACAGCACUUCAAUAGCCAUCACGAGGCAGGCAUCAGCCUGUGGGAUAAGUUUGCCGCCAUGGACUAUGUUGACCCUCGCGCAUUGGAAGGCACCAGACCUCCCAGUGCCCUCUCCACUCAAUCAAGCCGAUCAGAGUUGCCGUAUCUCAUCUUUCACGCCAAGCUGUACGUCUUUGCAACGCGCUAUUUGAUUCCGGCGCUGGCCCAGUUAUGCCUGCGUAAGCUACAUAGGGACCUUCUACUUUUGGCAUUCCCUGACGAUGCCCAGCCUGAUAGUCAGGAUGACGGACAAAUAACCCUGAAAGCCCGAAUAGUCCUCGACCUGCUCCACUAUACCUUUACCAAGACCACCCGUCUCGAGCCCAUCUCGCCCACCUCGGCCACUCAGCUUCGAGACAACGAACUACGCAAGCUAGUAGUCCAUUAUGCGGCAUGCAAAGUGCGCGACCUGGCCAGAUAUUGUCCGCCAACCGAGCCGACGGUGGGUUUUUCUUCGAGCUACCCGGAGAAGCCGUCGGCACGCGGAUUGCGAGCAUUGAUGGACACAACCCCCGAACUGGCUUCCGAUUUGGUCUAUCGGAUGAUGUGA